AUGAAAGACGUGUGGAUUUGGGAUCCCGUAGAUGCAAAAGCUGCCUUCCAGCAUCCGCAGGAAACGCCGGAAAACAAUCUGGUGAUGGCCAAAGAGUGCUUCAUGGACGGGAAGAUCGGGGCGCGCCUGAACAAACUUUCCAAGGCUACCCUGUUGGACCAGAAUGGCUCUAUUGCCAUGGUAGCCCGUGAGGACGGCAGCAGACACGAGGUGCCCACGGCCCGACUGUUACAUUGGUACGAAGGCCUUCUUGUCUUGCAAGAGCUUGAGGCGAAGAGUGGUGCUGGUGUCACUUGGUUUGACGACCGUUGCCGCAAUCUCUUGAGCCAGGAGCGCAGGAAGUACAAGUCCGGGAUCGUGGGCAGCCUCUAUGUCGAAAAGAAGCUGUUGAACACUUCAGUCACAGGUAAGCGGUUGGAUGCAGAGGACCCAAGCUUUACCCAUCGGCGGCCAGACGUGAAAGAUAUGGAUAUUCCUGCAGAGAGCGAGGAUGAGGCAGCGCCGGGCCGGUUUAGCAUCGCUGACAUCACUGGCUACAUGCCUCCGUGGGAGGCUUGGUGCCACGAGCAUGCUGGCUUUUAUCAAGAUUUCUAUCAGGUGCAGUGGAAGAGCGAUAAGGGCACGGCUUGGGCACGAAUGAACCUUUCAAAAGUGGAGAAUGGUGCCAUCGAAGCAGGUUCGACUUGGGAGCCUGACGACUGUAUACCUCCCAGCCUUGAUGGUAUGAGGCUGCGAGAAAAGACUAAGUGGUUCAAGCGCAAGCGCGAUCAGGAGCAGAAGGAGAAGGAGAAGGAGCUUGCGGAAGCCGUGAAGUCGAAGCGCCCUCGAAACGAGAGCUCAUCGAGGCUGCCAGAGCCACCAAAGAUGGGGAGGUACAGGCGCGAUGGCAAUCCGCUCAUGAAAGACAUGUUCCUCCAGAUCGGCCACGACUUCGAUAAGCCACAUGAAGAAAGCAAUGAUAUCUGCAGUGGCUGGCCCAAGAGGGCUGAGGACUACCCGCCCGGCUACGGAUGCGCAGACCCACCCGGACUCUGCAAUUCCACAUGUGAUUGCAUGGACGGCUGCAGGGUUCAGAAGCCGGGGGAAAUGGCGAAGAACUGGCUCGAAGAUCCGAAACGCUCCUCCGAUGCGGCGAUGGCCAUUGAAAAUCUGAGCCUGCAGAAGCACAUCGUCAACAGGAGGGGCGCGACUUCGAACUGGCACCGCUUUGAGGCUGUGCAGACGCGCCACACAGACCAGAUGAAGAUGCCUGGAGCGAACAAUUUUUGCAAGGUGUUGGAGGAGUCGGUCCGAUCGGUGCUUAAGAACCUACCGGUCUUGGCCCUCCAGCAGAACGGAGAUUCGGUUCGAAUACCAGCUUGCGCCCUGAACAAGCGGACCGAGGAUUAUGUGCCGGUACGAGUCCAGCUGUCGCAGACUUCCGCUGCUCGACAAUGGCUGUGUCUCAGUGAGGAGGAUGGCAAGCUUUCCCUCAUUGGAAAGGGCCCGCCAAGCUGGCCAGCACCUUUCAGAGUGGAAUUCGUCCACCUCGACGGAUCGACAGUAGUGGUGGCUGCAGUUGUGGACUGCAUGGUCACCAACACGCAGCAGAAGCCCUGGCUGUCGGCCUCGGCAACAAUCGCGGCACGGUUCAUGGAUGUUGCGCUCUAUCCUAUGUCACGCAAUGCUCGCGCUGUUCUGCAGGAGCAUCUUCAAAAGAUCUUCAGCUUCGAAACCAAGGCGGCGAAGGAAGUUUCGCUUGGGCGCUGGCUCGAUGUUGUGGACAUUGUCAUUCGCACUCUCAGGACGAUAGCAAUGGUUCACGUGAAGUCCGAUGCUCAAACCUCUCGGCCUCCACCGGCUGCCGCUGUAGCUCGAGCUCGAUAA